AAUAUAGCAUCUGUUUUCUUGAUAUGUAAUGCACAAAUGUUCUAUGGUGUAAUCGUGGAAGCAGUCCCUGAAGUCAGCAGCAAUGAUUGUGGUGGCAUUGGAUGUAACUUAUUGUUCCGGAAGCUCCAAUUACUGGAGAACGAGUUCAGAGCAGUGAACGCAGACAUGAAAAAUCUCAUAGAAAGAACAAACAAACAGAUUUUGGAGCGUUUAGAUAAACUCGAAACAACGAUCACGCAUCGCUUGGAAAGAUUUGAAAAUGAAAGGAUCAAUCAAGAGGACUUUCGCUGCAAAAAACAACCAAAUCGAAAUAAAGUGAGUGAUGUAACACAGGAAAUUGAAAAAUCAAUCAGUCAAUUGCAGCAAACAGUAGAAAUCAACUUCUCUACAAUGAAAAGCGAUCUUAAACUGAUCAAGACCCUGGUUCCCGACAAAUCUUGCAAGCAUCUAGUGUCAUCAAAAUCCGGAAAAUUUUGGCUAAGACCAUUCAGCAACGAAAACACGAUCGAAGUGUAUUGCGAACAGGAAAAGUUCGGUGGAGGUUGGUUGGUGUUUCAGCGUCGCUUUGACGGAUCGGUGGAUUUCUUCCGCAACUGGACACAUUACAAGAACGGAUUCGGAACAGUGGACGGUGAAUUUUGGCUUGGGUUGGAACUAUUGCACCGACUAACCAGUGAUAGAAGAUUCGAGCUGAUUGUGGAGCUGGAAGCGAACAAUUCGACCGUCAAAUUUGCGAGGUAUGAUGAUUUUGCGAUAGGCAGUGAGGAGGAAAUGUUCGCUUUGAAAAAGCUUGGAAACUUUUACGGGACGGCUGUUGAUGCAUUGGGUUUCCAUAGAGGAAAGAAAUUUUCCACAAUGGAUAGAGAGAAUGCGAACUGUCUUUAUAGUUAUGCAAAAGGCUGCAUGAGUGCUUGGUGGUAUGGCUGUGGCUAUACAAGUGAUCUGAACCAACCAUACGUUUUGACGAAAAGAAACAUUAUACACUGGGAAGGAUUUUCUUUGAAGGAAGGACUAAAAUCAACUACAAUGAUGAUACGAGAAAUUUAGGCCUACAUCUAUCACAACGCGAAUAAAACUAGAACUAGAAGUCGAGUCUAGUACACGACACUGAAGACGGCCUUACAGUUGAGGUCGAUAUACGCGAAUUUAUCAAAGGAUACAUAUUAUAGUGGAAUUGAAUGGUACAGUACUAAAUUCGGUUUUUCAUCUACUUAUAGGUAUUCCACUAAGAGUUUUAAAGGCUUGAUAACGCAUAGAAAUUAUUCAUAAUGAUUUUCUUUGUAUGAUUUUUGAUAAGUUAUACUUCACUGAGUCCUAAAGUGUCCGUAGUAUGAAUCGAAACGGUAUGUUGUUGAUAAAAUGGUCAUAAUUGUUUGAUGAUAGAUUCACAAAAUAAUCAUUCACAUUUGUUGUCCAGAAAAAAACAACUAGAUAUUGUAAAUGAAUAUUUUUAGUGAAACAAAUUAAAGAAUAUAAAAACUAUAA